GAUCUCCAUAACCAGUGUUGUUCCUGUUUGCUCUUUGAAAGACAGAGGCACAACACUGUGUUGAGGAAAAACACAAAAACUGCUUCUGCCUUUUGGAACAGUGCCAUUAUUUGGUCUGAAUAUGAAUCCUGAAUAUGACUACCUUUUCAAGCUUCUGCUGAUUGGAGACUCUGGUGUCGGGAAGUCAUGUCUACUGUUGCGUUUUGCUGACGACACCUAUACUGAAAGCUACAUCAGCACGAUAGGGGUUGACUUCAAAAUCAGGACUAUUGAAAUGGACAGGAAGAUAGUUAAACUGCAGAUUUGGGAUACGGCUGGUCAGGAGAGAUUUCGCACUAUUACCUCCAGCUAUUACCGAGGUGCGCAUGGGAUUAUCAUUGUAUAUGAUGUUACUGACCAGGAGUCCUUCAACAAUGUAAAGCAGUGGUUGGAGGAGAUCGAUCGCUAUGCAUGUGAAAAUGUCUCAAAGUUGCUGGUGGGGAACAAAAGUGAUUUAACUUCAAAAAAGGUGGUGGACUUCACUACAGCAAAGGAAUUUGCUGAGACACUUAAAAUCCCAUUCCUUGAGACAAGUGCAAAGAAUGCAAGCAAUGUGGAGAAGGCAUUUUUAACGAUGGCCUCUGAAAUCCAGAAGCGAGUCGUGGAAGACAAGGUUCAGAACGAGACAGUCAAAGUUGGAAAAAUCAAUAGUGCUCCUCUGUGGCAUGGAGCUCAGAAAACAACGGCUGAGGAGGUCAACACUUGCUGUUAGUGCUAACGGAUUGGAGUAUGUUCAGGGGAUUUACAUAUUUAAAAAGAAUAUUUUGUGGACUAAUUGUAUUUCACAAUUUAUAUUGAUUGAUGUUUUAUGUCUCUUUAUGAAUUUAUGAAUAUGCUGUAAACCUCCUCACUGUGUUGCAUACUGUUUUGAAGGUCCUAAGUGUCAGAUUAAACACGCAUAGUAAUAAUGAUGGGCACAGAUAUUUAGCGAACACAUUAUUUUAAAGAGUGAAAUAUUAGUUUAUUGCUUAUAAAUGAUAACUAAAACACUAAAAUCCAUAUUAUAUUAAUCUAAUGAAUUUGGGCAUUUAAUAUACAGUAUAUUUACCCCGUCACUCUCUAUCUUAAACUGCCAGGACCCGUCAUAAGAUACAGAUUUCUAUUCCUCACUCUCAUAACUACAUACAGUUGUGCUCAUAAAUUUACAUUUGCAUGAUCUGCAAAUUGUUUUUGUUUUAAUAAGAGAGAUCAUUAAAAUUGCUUUUUAUUUUUUUAUUUCAAACUGCUCUGAAUAAGCUAUUUCACAUAACAGAUGUUUACAUAUAGUCCACAAGACACAAUAAUAACUGUAUUUACACAAAGAACCCAUUCAAAAUUAUGCAUACCCUUGGUUCUUAAGCCUUUGUUUUGUGAAAGUUCAUGAGUCCCUUGUUUGUACUGAGCAGUUAAACUGCCCACGGUUCUUCAGAAAAAUCCUCCAGGUCCUGCACAUUCUUUACUUUUCCAGCAUCUUUUGCUUAUUUUACCUCUUUCCAGCAGUGGUUAUAUUAUGUUUAUAUCCAUCUUUUCACACUUAGGACAAUUGAAGGAUUCAUACAAAGCUAUUACAUAAGGUGCAAAUAUUCACUGAUGCUCAAGAAGGCAACACGAUACAUUAAGAACAGGAUGAUAUGUACACUGAUCUUCCUGUUCAAAAGUUUACACCCCCUGGCUCUUAAUGUAUAUAAGAGUAUGUAAACUUUUGUACUUGUUCAUUUGUGUAAAUUUGGUUAUUAUUGUGCCUUGUGGCACUAUAUGUAAACAUCUAUGUGAAAUAGCUUGUUCUCGGCAGUAUGAAAUAAAAAACAAAAUGCCACUUUUAUGAUCCCUCUGAUUUUAUUAUUUUUUAAAAAUUAUUAACAUUUUGCAGAUUCUGCAAUGUUAUGUAAAUUUAUGAGCACAGCCGUACAAUUUCUAUUAGUUUCACUGUAUUCUAGUAGAAAGCAAGUCAUUGAAUAAUAUGUUUUAUUUAUGAUACUGUAAAUAACUGUAUAAGCUGGGCCUUUAAGGAGUUAAACAGGAAAUGGUGUUUUUGAGUCCAAAGUGGCUUCUACUAGUGGUUGUUGGCCUGUUUUGCAUUUGUCAGUGUAAACAGUGUAAAAUACCAUUCAUCAGAAUGCCAAAGAAACAGAACAAUAACACAAUUUAGAAAGUACAAGAUGAGUUUUUGAUCAUGUGGGCCAUUGUCUAUUCGACUAGAUGGAUUAUAAAUUAAAAUAUCUAAAAUACGGGGCCUUAAAUUUUGAUUUAAAAAAUAUCCAAUUUCUUUACAGCAAUGUACUUUUUCUACAAAAUAUUUUAAUAUUCAAAAGAUUUAUAAGAUUAUCUGGGGAUACUUUAGUAGCUAUUUUGUGAUUUGUCUCGGAUAACCCAAAAAUAAUACAUUUAAUAAACAUGUAUGAUCAUUUUGGACAUUUUCAAAUUUGAACCUAAUAAGACAAACAAGCAAAUAAUGUACGGUGCACAAAGUUUUGUUGUUCUUAAUUUUUUUUUCCCCCUGUGGUUGAGUUAAGCUUUCAGGCAAAACUCCUGAUAGUCUCACACUUUUAUUCUGAUAAACAAAUUAAUUAAGCUUGUUUCUGUUUGUAUACAGUAUUUGUAUGCAAGGUUUCAGUGUGCUGGUAAAGCAUUAUUUACUUCACAGUUCUGUCUGGCUUCAUAAAAUUAAUAAAUGAAUAUGGCUAGUAGGUUGAGAUGAAAAUAUAAGCAAUUACAAAUAGAAGCGCCCUCCCUCGGACGAAGCAUGAACUACCAUGUGCAUAAGAGUAUACACCAAAGAAAAGGUAAAAUCAUUCAGUACAAAGAUUAUUAGCCACAAAAACAAAGCUGUAAUAUUCUCCACACAUCUUUCAUUAAACACUAUUAACUGGUAAAUAUAACUUUUUAAAAAAUUACAAUGAAGAGUAACUGCAUAAUCAGAUAAUCUUUGUAUAUUACAAUGAAUCUGAUUGGUCAGAAGGUGUUGAUUAAUUUUCUAUCACAGCAGUUCUAUCAGUAGUUCUGAAUGUAAUUCUAAUAAUGGGUUUCUAUUAAUGUUAUCCUUAUUGUUUCUAUAGUAACCGCUAAUCCACAGGGACUUGUAUGACAGACACCACAUAAUCUAAUAAUAAAGUGACUAAAAAUGUGCUGCUACUAAACAAACAAACAAAGUAUAACAGUUGAUAUUGUGAAGCUUUCUUUAAGGAAACAUUAAUUUGUCGUUUGUGGAAGGAGUCUCCAGUGUCAGGAUAGGCAAGUUUGUGCAUUCCGCUUUCUUAAAAUAAGUCAAUUAAACACCUGUGAGGGAACGACUGUUUAUAGUCGCUAUAAUGUGACUGAUAACAGGAACUAACUUGUUUCUUGGAUGUACGACAACAUUAAAUGUGACCAUAUAAACUGAUAGAAAAUACAACAUGCUGUAAUUAAAUUCAUUUUUAAAAAUCUAACCAUUCACAAAUUGCUGAUGUUUAAGAGGAAUAAAACAUUUCAGAGUGUGCUCUUACAUGAAAAUAAUCAACUUCAGGGUGCUAAUGUAUCACAUCAUGCUGCCACUGAGUAUUUUCCUUUGUGAAUAGCAUAUUCCAAUUAUUUUUAUUCCUUACAUUUUAAACUG